AUGGAUGAACAAUUUCCAACAAAUAAAAUCAAGCGCAAAAGAGGGCGGAAAAGACUUUCAGAGUUGAGUGAAAGUGUACAAAAAGAAAAAGAUAUUAUAAGGAAAGAGAAAAAUAAAGAGAAGAUGAAAAGAUAUAGGACUAGAGUAAAAGCCCACAAGGAAACACUUGAGCAACAAAAUGAGGCCCUACAGCUAACAGUUAACCAGCUCACAAAGCGGGUAGAGGAUCUUUCAGCAGAGAAUGAACAAUUAAAAUUUAAAGUUGCUACUCUUGAAAAUAAUCGCAUGUCUUCCACUAUUAAUGGAACCUUUAAUAAAUAUGAUAAAUCUGCCUUUGAAAUAGUAGACAGUGUCAAAGACACUUCCGUCAUUAGGCAUAUUAAUAUUUAACACGAGGGCAAAUCAAAAUAAAGAUACCCAGCAGUGAGAGAAAUUAUUCAAAAGAGAAUAUAAGUUCUGGAAAGAUACCCUUCCAAAUCUCAUCAGGAGAAACCCUGAAAAGGUAAAGUACACCUUGAUGGAACAAAACAGGGAUAUCGCAGACGUAAAUGGAGAUGCUAGAAUUACUUUCUUGAAGACUCAGUUCAAAAACAUAAUCCAGAACGCUUUGGCUUUUAAUGCAUUAGCAACACUUAGAACUUUUGAUACUUUUAAAUAUUCAGAGUGGCUUAAGUUACGGGAAGAACUUGCAAAGCCAAAGCCAGAUUUCUCAGGAAUCAAAGUUCCUGCAAGUUUCAAAGGAGGUAGUCUCUCAUCUCAAGGAUUGCAGCUGUUCAGAGACCAUGGUGAGGCCAUCAUCAAUACACUCAGAGAGGUCAGAACUCUUGUUCAAUCACUUGUUAAAAUAAGGAACAAAAUGUUUAUGAAAUAUGGAGAACUUAUAAAGAUCUAUGAAAAUUCAGACUACAAAUACGAUAAGAACGAUCAUAUUUCCAUCCGCCAAAAGUGGGAGGAGUACAAGAAAAAGGGCAUUGACUUAUUUACAAUCUUCAAAAUUGGCAAAAGAGACCCGAACAAGGAUUAUAGCUCAGAUGUAGAAUUGACAGAAUGGGAAGAAGAUGAAGAACUGCUUGAAUUCAAAAGCUAGAUUAGCAUAUUCCUCAUAAAAUUCUACUACAAAC